AUGAGUCUCUGCGAGGCUUGUCGAAACGCCAUGCCCAACAUUCCAGCAUCAGGGGACAACAAACAGUUAAUCGCAGCUACGUUCAAGCUACUCUCAGGACAUGGAGAUUGGAAAAGAUACGAACUUGAGACAUCUGAGGAGAACUGGUAUCGAAGAGACCCAUUCCUUCUGCACACAUCGUGGGAAUCCCUGGUCUCAUCACUGAGUGAUGACUGUCCUAUUUGUUGGACCCUCUGGCGGAACAUCCGCUCUUCUCCAAUUGCAUCCCCACACAAUGAAUCGAUAAAGGAUUUCGAGGCAAAGAUCACUGAGAUUGACAACUAUCCCGAAUCGCAUCGAUGUUAUGUUAGCAUACGUCUAACGGGCCACCAACUAGAUACAGAAGAGCUGAGGUUCACUUUAUAUAGGACAACCAAAGAGUACUACCUGGAGGCCGAAGAAGAGUUUCCGCUUGCUACUCAACAUACGCCCAAGUCGGCUGCGGUUGUCGCAAAUCGCUGGAUCAAGACUUGCGAAGCAAAGCAUUCCCGGUGUUUAAAGCCAGCUGCUCCACCUGAACAUGCAAAUAUGCCGACUCGGCUAUUAGAUUUGGGUAAUGGCGAUUCAAGUACUUGGCGUAUCUACCAGGCUUCAGAGCAUGUUCCAUAUGCCGCGCUCUCUCAUCGAUGGUCAACCGAUACACCUGAACUACGUACCAGCAACCACAAGAAUUAUUGCAAUUUUCAGCCUGAUGGCGCCUUGCCACAAAACUAUCAAGAUAUUAUAUCUAUCUGCCGCGCUAUACCCAUCCGAUAUCUUUGGAUUGAUUCUCUCUGUAUUAUACAAGAUGACAACGGCUAUGAAUUCUCUAAAGAAGCUCCAUUAAUGAGGGAUAUUUAUCAAUAUGCAUUCCUUACACUGUCGAUUUGCUGGGACUUCCCAGGUCUUUCUAUAUUUCGCAAUUGUCGGCCGCGCAGUAUACCUCGACCUAUGCCUCUUGCUUAUUAUGGAAAACCUUUCACUGUAUCGGAGUUAGAUGAGUGGGUAUUUGCCAAAGAGACGAAGCAAAUGGAAUUGCAAGUCUAUGUGAGUGGAGCACCCAUAAAUCAAAGGGCGUGGGUUGUACAGGAACGAUGCCUUUCGAGACGGCUACUCUAUCUCGGAAACGACCAAUUGUACUGGGAGUGUGACGGAUGCACCGGCAGUGAAGCCUCACCUAACUCUAUUUACAGCGAUGGGGGACGUGAGUCAAUUCUAGAUCUCACAGGGCGUCACAAAGACACCGCGUGGAGUUGGACACUUACACAGUAUACCAGAAGUGACCUGACAUUCGAGAACGAUAGGCUUAUUGCCAUAGCAGGCCUUGCUAAGCUUAUCGCAAGUAAGACUGGCGGUAUAUAUCUUGCUGGCAUUUGGCUGGACUCCUGGAUGCAAGACCUCUUAUGGGAGCCCAUUAGAAAAAGAGACCGAAGUUCGAAACUGAAGCCAGGGGAAAUCGCUAUGGUGCCGCCCUCGUGGUCUUGGUUGGGAUUUUCCGGGGCGGUGGCCUCGGGGAUUGAGAUGUGCGGAGAGGGUCCAAGAAUCUCAACCGUGUCGCCUAACUCGUUCAAAUCAGAUGAGUACCAGCCAUUGGCUCUGUUAAGUCAAACUGUGGUCAUUCCACCCACGAGCGAUCCUUUUUCUUCCUUCGAACGAGCAAUUUUAAAGAUUCGAUGCCUGCUUUUGCCGGCAACGUUCACUGGCAUUCCCCACAGAGACGAGCAACCAUGGUUCUUCCGUCACAACUCCGAUAUCAAUUUGAUCUCAGUUGGGCUGGAUUAUUUCCGGCUUCAAGCUUGCAAACCAUUCAAAAAUCCUUAUGUCACAUUCAGAUUCUAUUUCAGUAAGCCGAUUGACAUGUCUUCACGAUAUUUCCUUCUCCCACUAUAUAUUCGCCGAUCACCAACUAGGCCGCAGCAAGGUUAUGGGCUUGUACUACAGAAACAUUCAGGCGGUGGGCACCAGGAAUUUAUCAGGGUGGGCAUAUGGGAAGAUGAUCACAAGUAUUCAUCUCAGCUCAGCCCUAUAAUCAGCAACACAAUCGUCAGACUAGGCCUUGGAAAGAGAGCGACUUUUGGCGAUGAAAGCCUUACAGAGAACGAGCGCGUUUUUGACUCGAAAAUCGGUGAUUAUGCAGCGGGUCAUGUUGACUCGAAAGUGCUGUUUCCCCUGAAGGUCGUCAAACGGGGGGUUGAGCAUCAGUUAAAUGAUAAGGAACUUGAUGAUAAGGACGGUGUUCCGGGGUCUGAGGCUAAUGCACAGGAGGUGAAUGAAGCUGAGGAAGAAGAAGGGGCCUCUAUACGCGAUGAAGAGGUCGAGUGUUCAUUGUUACCGCAUUUCACUACAGCGGAAUGGGGUACUAUCUCCUUAAUUUAG